AACAAGUCCUGACCUGUGGUAUCAUGUGGGUCUUAGAAGUUGAGAAGUUAUCUGCUGUCUGAAAUGGUAGAAAAUGUGGCAUGAAGGAUAUCUCUUUUUAAAAACACUGCUUAAUUCAUUUUAAGAAAUAUAUUGUAUGCUAAAGAUUUUGAGAGACUGACAUCCCUCUGAGCAUCUUGAUAGCAUUUAGUUUGUCUAACCAGAAGUGCCUGAUGUCACUACAUAUGGUAAAAUGGAAACUCUGAGACAAAUCCAAAGUUUUGGUAUUUGUGCUACCUGUACAACUGCUACGGCAUCCUGUAUGGUGUUCAGUCUUCUAGUUUCCUGCUGCUCAUCUCUGAAUGUACGAGCUCGUCCAUUUAUUUCUAAUUCACCUUUCAUUUCUGUCUGGAAUGCUCCUACAGAACUUUGUGUCGAAAGGACAGGAGUGCAGCUAGAUAUGGAUUUUUUUUCUCUCACUGGAAGCACAUUGAAGACAUCCGUCGGACAAAACAUCACUCUGUUUUAUCCAGACAGGCUUGGUUACUAUCCUUACAAAAAUGAAAUCACUGGAGAGGCAGUCAACGGAGGACUUCCUCAACUGUCUGUGCUGGAGAAUCAUUUAAAAAAAGCCAAAGAAGACAUUCAGUUUUAUAUUCCUUCAGAUGAACAGAUUGGACUGGCUGUCAUUGACUGGGAAAACUGGAGACCUGUGUGGAUAAGAAACUGGGGUUCUAAAGACAUCUAUAGACAGGAAUCCAUUGAACUGGUUCAGCAGAGAGACCUAAGCCUAUCAGAAGCUGAAGCCAGGACUAUAGCUAAACUGGAAUUUGAAACUGCAGCAAAAUCAAUUAUGUUGGAAUCUUUAAAGCUGGGCAUAGCAAUGAAGCCAAAUCGUCUGUGGGGAUAUUACCUUUAUCCAGACUGUUAUAACUAUGAUUACAAACAAAAUCCACAUAAUUAUACAGGAACUUGUUUAGAUAUUGAAAAAGCAAGAAAUAACGAGCUUAACUGGUUGUGGGAGAAAAGCACUGCACUUUAUCCAUCUAUCUAUCUAGAAACAGCUUUAAGAUCUUCCAGAAAUGCACGAGCCUUUGUUCGCAAUAGAGUUCAAGAAGCCAUUAGAAUUUCAUAUGUCUCUAAUUCUACUCAUCCUCUUCCAGUUUUUGUAUAUACACGUCCAGUAUUCACAGAUGUCUAUGAAGAAUAUCUCUCUCAGGAAGACCUGGUAAAUACAAUCGGAGAAUCUGCUGCUCUGGGUGCAUCUGGAAUUGUGAUCUGGGGUGACUUGAAUUUAACACAAAAUAAGAACACCUGUAAGACUUUGGACAACUACCUUAGAGGGACGCUGACUCCUUACCUCAUCAACAUCACCAUGGCAAUGAAAAUCUGCAGCCAGGUACUAUGCCAAGACUUGGGUGCUUGUGCACGGAAAAAAUGGAAUUCCAGUGACUACCUUCAUCUGAACUCGGAGAAUAUGGUCAUUCAAAUGACAAAAGAUGGAAAAUACACUCUACAGGGGCAACCAACAUUUCAGGAUCUGCAAAUGUUUACAGAAAAAUUUGAAUGCCGCUGUUAUGCAGGGUACAGCUGCGAACCUCGUGUUGAUAUAAAGGACAUGCAUUACCUCCACGCUUGCAUUUCAGAAGAUCUUUGCAUUCACAUAUCCUCAAAUUUAUUUUCUAAUAUAGAAGCUGCUAGAGGAACGAUCCCAUCUAACAGAACUAUUUUUUCAUUUACCUCUCCGUCUAAGAUGACAUUAUCUACACAACAUGAAAUAAAAGAUUUCCAAUCUGCUAUUGGAAAUAAUAUACCCAAUAUAACAACUACAGAAUAUAACAUCACUGCUACCACUAAUUACAAUUUAGAAGCAAAUUAUACUCGCAGUUUCAGUAGUUCUUCAUCAAAUAAGAUAAGGCUUUUUAAUAUGUUUUGUUUAAUUCCAAUUUUGAGCACCUUAGUAUAAAUGACCCAUGAAAGUGAGAAUGAAAUUCUUUUUCAUUGACGUUGUUUGAAAUUCUAGAAGUUUUAUUUGUUUAUAAGAAUUGUUUCUGAAAUGUGUGAAACAGCUGCAACUACGUGCUCUUCUCUGUAUCAGGUUACUUUUGACACAUCAGCUUCAAUGUAUUUCUUCAGUUUAAUUCUAAGCUACUAUUUGGACCAAAGAUUUAGUGGUCUGUAUAUAUUGCUUACACUGACAAGAUAAUCCAGAAUAAUGAACAAUUUUUAAUAGUUUAUUAA